AUGGAGGAGGGAGAAAGGAGUCCCCUGUUGUCUCCGGAUGCCGCUGGUCAGAAGCAGUCCCUCUCCAACAGCCUACCUGUGUCCAGUGACGCAGGCCCCAGCCUCUCCAUAGGAAGCAGUUGUAUCAAGUAUCUGAUCUUCCUGUCCAACGUCAUCUUCUCCCUGCCUGGCCUGCUGGCCUUGGCGGGUGGACUCUGGGGCCUGGCUGUCAAGGGGUCUCAGGAAAGCGACCCUGGAGGACCCCUGCCCGAAGACCCCAUGCUCGUGCUGAUGAUGGCGGGGCUGGCUGCCAGUGCAGUGAGCCUGGCUGGCUGCCUGGGUGCCCUGUGUGAAAGCCGCUGCCUACUCCACUGCUUCUGGGGUGCUGUCCUUGCCUGCCUGGUGCUCGAGGCCCUGGCAGGAGUCCUGGUGCUGACCCUCUGGGACCCGCUGCAGGGUGGCCUAGAGCACAUUCUGUACCUGGCCAUCGCUCACUACCAGGAUGAUCCAGACCUGCGCUUCCUCCUCGACCAAGUGCAGCUGGGACUGCAGUGCUGUGGAGCGGCAUCCUACCGGGACUGGCAGCAGAACCUGUACUUUAACUGCAGCUCUCCUGCAGUGCAGGCCUGCAGCGUGCCCACCUCCUGCUGCAUCAACCCCUGGGAAGGAAGAGACUUGGUGAACACUCAGUGUGGCUUCGGGGCCUUGCGUCUGGACGAGGACAAGGCUGCACAAGUCGUGUACCUGCAGGGCUGCAGGCCCACGCUGCGACGGUGGCUGCGAGACAACACCCAGACCGUGGCUGGCUGUGCCAUCGCCGUCAUCAUGGUCCAGGGGGCCGAGCUCCUUUUGGCCACCUGGCUACUGAGGGGCCUUGCUGCCCUCAAGGUGGCGGUGGACACCCAGGCCUUCAUGAGCCAUCGGUGCUGCCUUCCUCAGCAGGACAAGUGUCAGAAAAACCAGCCAUGA